AUGGAAGGAAACAAAGGGAAUGUGCAGUUAGGGACAUUCCCUCAGAGUGAGGACAGUGAGUUAUCAGGAAGUGACAGUGAAGUGGAGGAGUGGAUCCCUGAAUCAGAAGAACACCAGCCACAAGCUAGUGACUCUGAGGAAGAGGGGGAUUCAGAUGAAGAGGACGGUGAAGUGUCUCACCUCCCAAGAUUGAGAAAAGCACACACAUCCGUUGAUGCCUACCCAGACUGGCAGGGCCAGCUGCCAAAAGCUGAUGACAUCCUGUCCCCCCUCCAAUACUUCAGAAAGUUCUUCUCUGAAGACAUCCUUCAAGUUAUUGUAGAGGAAUCCAAUUUGUAUGCGAUUCAAUGUGACCCCAACAAGCCCUUAAACCUUACCACCAACGAGUUAGAGCAGUUCCUCGGCACUGUGGUCUACAUGUCCCUCUUUGGCCUGCCAGCAACUCGAAUGUUUUGGAACAAAGCCACCCGAGUGUCCGAAGUAGCAGAGACAAUGACCCUCAACAGAUGGGAAGCCAUCAAGAGGUCCCUCCACAUCAACAACAAUGAGGGACAGGAACAAGUUGAUCCCCCCUACAAAAUACGUCCUCUGGUCACUCACCUGACAUCCAAAUUGGUCUCCAUCCCAAUGAGUGAGAAGCUCACCAUAGAUGAGCAGAUGGUGCCGUUCAAGGGGAGAAACAGGUUGAAACAGUACCUACCAUCAAAACCUAAGAAGUGGGGCUAUAAAAUUCUCAUCUUGGCAGAAUCUAAUGGAAUACCAUACAACCUUGAGAUCUACACUGGGAGAGUCAACCAACCUCUUGAGCUGCCAGUUGUUGGAGCUAGUGGAAAUGUCGUCCUUCGACUGGCCCAGCCAAUCCCCAAGGAAGAGAACUACAAGCUCUUCUUUGACAAUUGGUUCACUAGUGUCCCUCUUGUAGUCACAUUGAAUGAGCAGGGAAUUCGGUGCACUGGCACUGUUCGUGGUAACAGAUUACCUGUGGUCAACCUGAAGAGCGAUGCUGAUCUGAAGAGAGCAGGACGUGGGGCAUUCGAAGAGAAGAUAGCCAUGGUGAGAGAAACCACCUUGCAUGUUGUCAAGUGGUAUGACAACCGCUCUGUGACCCUUCUGAGUGACCACAUCGGAGCCAACCCUGUGACCAAAGUUGACAGGUGGGAUCGCAACCAGAAGAAACACAUCACUGUCCCCAGCCCUGCUGUGGUGCAAGAAUAUAACAAGAACAUGGGUGGGGUGGACCUGCUUGACUCACUGAUUGCACUCUACCGCAACAAAGUUAGAUCCAAGAAAUGGUACCACCGGCUGGUGUUCCACUUCCUGGACAUGAUCAUUGUAACCACCUGGCUGCUCUACAGAAGAGACUGUGAAGGCACUGGUAUGGAGAAGAAAGACCAAAUGAGGCCCUUUCUACCUUCAAAUCUUACAUUGCAGAGGGCCUCUGCAUGUGUGGAAAAAGCCUGGAGAAGAAGAGAGGUCGUCCCAGCCAGUCCAUUGCUGGCGCAUAUGAGGAGAAGAGGAAGAAAGGACGCACAGCUCCCAUUCCAGUCGAAGAUGUCCGCCUGGAUCAAACAGCCCACUGGCUGAUCAUGACUGAGGACAAGGGACGAUGCAGGGUGCCAGGGUGCAAUGGUACACCAAAAGCAAUGUGCCGCAAAUGCAAUGUGCACCUCUGCUUCACCCCUGACCGCAACUGCUUCCUGAGGUUCCACACGGAAUGAACAAGACAGAUCCCUCAGAGA